AAUCAAUGGCAGCUGCAUCGCUGACGGCCUGGCAGCCACAAUGGAAUUGCGCUGGCAGGAGGCUCUGUGCUGCCUGCCGAUGCUGCAGCUUUCGAAGUUGAGGUCGGAUUGGCACAAGUUCAAGCCCAGGUUGCCGCCAAGUGCUUGUCAUGGAGCACCUGGUCAUUGUGCAGGGCCCUUGGCCGCAGCGCGGAGGUGCCCAAGCUGCCACAUCUUCUGGACUUCAUCCAGCCUGCCUCAGCCGCACAGACUCCUUGAAGAGCAACAUCAAGUCGAGCGCAGAAGGCUUUUGGUGAACUUCACAUCGAUGGCUUCACGAUGUGAUUCCAAGCCGCGGUCCAAGAAGGAGUUCAUGCAGCCAAGUGUCUUUGACGUCACCAAGUUGGACAUCCUCAUCUUUGACAUCAGCCAUUGCCAAGGCGCAGAGCUAGAGCCACCAGAGCCACUGGACGAAGAUGCGCUGAAGCGCUGCAUGGUUCGUGAAUCCUCGCGUGCGACCGCAGGAUCGAAUCAAAGCAAGAAACGCGAUUGAUUAUGGAGCAUAGAAAACCUUCAGGUCUUGUGGGCGAUGCCUCUCAUUCCUCAGAUGUUCGGAAGCGAUGUGGGCAAAAAA